AUGGCAAAGCUUGCCAGCUUGCCACCGAGGGCUGCAUGCGGCAAUCAGGAUAAAGCAUCUCGUCCCUCCGUCAGCUUGGGCAAUGGAAGUCAAGACGCCUCGAAAGGAGCAGGAAAAAGCAAAUAUGAAGAAAGGUGGAAGCGGCCGUACAAGGUUGUCGCGACUGUGCUUGACAAGAGAUCGGAACAGUCAAGCAUGAACGACUCGUUGACUGCGUUAUUGAAUUCAUACCCGACCGCCGCUGCGGCUUCAUUUCGCUUUGUUCCGACGGACGUCAUUGCUUAUAAGACGCUUACGCUAUGCGUUGAUACGUGGCAGCCUGUACUGAGCGAAUGGCGAUGCGGCCAGGUGCAGUCGAUGGAUGUGCAAGGUACUGCAGUCGAAAUGUCGACCUGGACUCUCGCCAUCACUGACGGCUCUAUAGUCUUCCAUGAAGCUAUACAUUCUGAACAACAGAGCGUGCAAGCCAGCGAGAUCAAUGACUUGCGGUUUUUGAGUGGGCCCAGCUACUCCUCAUUGCGGAAUGCCGAUGAUGAACAAAAUGCAAGCAAGACAACCGGUGGCACCGAGCAAGUCGUGCCUCAAAAAUGA